AUGAGUUACAGCUGCUGGUUCUCUGUUUAUGUCCAUACAGCAACUGCUGGCCAGAUACCAAUAGGAUCAAAUGUAAACAAAGAUGGCAGAAAGUGAAAAAGAUCAGUUUGAUGAAGAAGAUAAUGAAGAAGAUGUACAACCUGAGAAGAGGACAAAGAAAAUUUUCUCCAAGGAAUUGCGAUGUAUGAUGUAUGGUUUUGGAGACGAUCAAAAUCCAUACACAGAAUCUGUAGAUUUAAUUGAAGAUUUGGUUAUUGAAUACAUCUCUGAAAUGACCAAAAGAGCUCUUGAAGUUGGACGACCAGGUAGGAUUUCUGUAGAAGAUAUUAUUUUCCUAAUCAGGAAAGAUCCCAAAAAAUAUUCCAGGGUGAAAGAACUUCUAACAAUGAGUGAAGAACUGAGAAAAGCUAGGAAAGCAUUUGAUGAAAUAAAGUAUGCAACAACCAAAUGAUACAUUGCCUGGAUACUUGAAUGAUACAUACAUGUACUUUGCCUGGAUACUUGAAUGAUACAUACAUGUACUUUGCCUGGAUACUUGAAUGAUACAUACAUGUACAUUCUUACUGAAGUGUAUUACUUAUUCUUGUUAUAACGAAAGAACUCAAGUGUUUUUAUAGCUCAAAGAGUUGUUUUGUUAGAAAUCUAAAUGUGAGUUAUUCACAAGAAGGGUAGGAAAACGAUAGAAUCUGAAAAUUGGAUACAGCUGGAAUGAAAACAAAAAUGUAUAAACUUAAAAUUACAGAUAUGACUGUUGCUUUAUGUAUGUUGAGAAAUUACUUAUUGAUUGCUUUAUGAGAUAAAGACAUUUUAAAACAUUAUGGAGGACACAUUUUAGAGAUUCAGUGUUAUCUGCUCUAGUAGGGAGUGAUAACUUCCAGAAUGGCUUAAGACAUUAAUGUUCACUAUAUUGAUCACAUAGCACUGCAUGGCAGUGAGAAGCUUGGAGAGCUAUCCUACUCAACCUGGCGUCGGCAUCCUUUUGUGUCCGCACCUUGGUUAAAGUUUUGAUGCACUUUCUCUUUUUAUACACCUGAAGACACAUAUUAUGUUAUACCCCUGUUGUCCGCCCGUCUGUCCAUUCGUCAGCAGUUUCGUGUACGCUCUGUAACUCUUGAAUGCCUUGAAGGAUUUCGAAGAAACUUGACACAAAUGUUCUCCACAUCAAGACAUUGUGCAGAGCGCAUGUUCUGGAUGGCUCACUACAAGGUCAAGGUCACACUUAGGGGUCAAAGGUCAUACCUUCUGGUGUAUAUUGCUCUGCAUUGCGGUGCUCGUUUCUCAUUAUCUCUGUAAUUACUUAAUGGAUUUGGUUUGAAUUUACAAUAGUUAUUCCUCAUCAUCACCCGCAUCAUCUGGCAUAAGGGCCGUAACUCUUGAGCUGAUACUUUCAUGAAUUAUCCCCCUUUUUACUAAGAAUUCCAAUUUGAUACACUUUCAGUCUAUCUCAGUGAUUACUAAAAGGAUUUGAUUCAAACUUAAAAUGGUUGUUCCACAUUAUAAGCCACAUGAUAUGACACAUGGUGCAUUACUUUUGCAAAAACUUUCCAUGAAUUAUGUCCCUUUUAUGCUUAUGUAAUGUUUUGAUACACUUCACUAUCUUUGUUAUUACUAUAUACAUUGACACAGACUUAAGCUAUUUCCAAUAUCUUUAUCCACAUUGGAGUCAUUAAACACGCCAGUGAUUGCUCCAGCUUCCUCAGAUGCGUCCAGUUUCACUGUCCAGCAUCAAAAUAGUUGAGCACGCUGUCUCCUGUGACAGCUCUUGUAUUUCAAUCAUGUCAUAUAAGAAUUAGUACCUUGCAGAUUUUAUCUUGUUUGAGCUGAUAGAAUUGCUAUGUUCAUUAAUUGUACAUUGUGUACUGUAAAACCAGGACAAGUAGUUUUCCUUGGAUAAUUAAUCCAGAAAAUUCCUUUGAUUUUCAUCAUUCAUGUCCACUUGUCUUUUUUAAAAGAAUUUUAUCAGUGUGUGACUGAAUUUAUUAUUAUUGUUAGAACUCGGAAAUAAUUCUUUUUUCAAUAAAUAUUGAACUUCA